GCAUGGGCCACUGCACUCUGCAAAAAGUUCUAUUUUUAAUUGUUUUUGUGACAUUAAACAGUUUGGUUUUGCCUACUGUUUAUCACAUCUCUCUGCACAGAGGCCAAGUUCCUAGUGGACAAGAAUCUGUCAUGGUCUACUGUUUCCUAGACAAGGCCUCCGAUGGAUGGGAGUGGUGAUUGCUCAGCGCCAGGUGCUUCACAGCGAGACCAAAGUGCUCGCCCAAAGUGUCCUGGGCCAGCAGAGACCAAGAGCCGCUGCCGCAGUCGCAGCCACGCCGCAGCUGGGCCUGGCCGGAGGACCAUGGGCGCCUCGGCCUCCAAGGGCCGGGCCGCCCGGGUUCCCGCGCCGCAGUCGCAGCCCGCAGAGGGGCUGGAUCUGAGCCGGCUGCCGCCCGAGCUCCUCCUGACUGUGCUGAGCCACGUGCCCCCGCGCGUGCUGCUCCGACGCUGCCGUCUCGUGUGCCGUGGCUGGCGGGCCCUGGUGGACGGCCAGGCCCUGUGGCUGCUGAUCUUGGCCCAGGACCACAGCGCCACCGGCCGCGCCCUGCUGUCGCUCGUCCGCAGUUGCCUGCCCCCCGCCGGCGACACCAAGCCCUGCCCUCUCGGCCGCUUCUGCGAGCGCAGACCCAUUGGACGAAACCUCAUCUGCAACCCCUGCGGACAGGAAGGCCUUCGGAAGUGGAUGGUGCAGCACGGUGGAGAUGGCUGGGUGGUGGAAAACAACAUGACAACCGUGCCUGGGGCCCCUUCGCAGACCUGCUUUGUAGCCUCCUUCAGUUGGUGUCGGAAGAAGCAGGUCUUGGAUCUGGAGGAGGAGGGCCUAUGGCCAGAACUGCUGGACAGUGGCAAGAUUGAAAUCCAUGUCUCAGACUGGUGGGGAGCCCGACAUGACAGUGGCUGUAGGUAUCGACUGCUUGUCCAACUUCUAGAUGCCGGCCAGACUGUCCUAGAUAAAUUCUCUGCUGUGCCUGAUCCCAUUGAACAAUGGAACAACAAUGUCUGCUUUCAGGUCACCCACGUCUUCUCCAACAUCAAGAUGGGUGUCCGUUUUGUGUCUUUUGAACACUGGGGCCAGGACACACAGUUCUGGGCUGGCCACUAUGGAGCCCGAGUGACCAAUUCUAGUGUGAUUGUGCAAGUCAGCCAGCCCUAGUCAGGGGCACUCUUCUUGCAAGCCAGCCUGACUGUGCCUUCUCGGAGCUGGAGCCAUUGGCUGGGACCCCUCACUGACCAAGUGUUUAUGCCUCACUGGCACACUGGGAACAGUGUUCGGGCUCUGGAAACUACUGAAGGAAGGGGCUUCCAUUGGAUCUACCUGCUGCUACCGCUGCUGCUGCUGCUUUACUGGGGGGCAGUGCUCCACUUAGCCAAGAUUCCACCCACUCCUCGGUGUGAGUGGGACAUGCUGGUCCUGGAGAAGGAGUCUUACCCUCUCCUCCCUCCGUUCAACCCAAGCCUCUCUGCCCUAACCCCUCAGUUGGCCUUGUCUCCACCAGUUUCUGCUUCAGGAACUUUCCUGGUCCCUUCAGGGAAGUCUCCACUCACCUCUAAACUUAGAUCUCAUCCUUACAGCUACCAAGUUCUAGCUACCCUACGUAACGAGCUCCAUCAUCUGGGGCUCCCUAGCCGUCCUAGCUAGAACCUUGUCUUAAAGCUGAAGAUAACUGGGUCACAAAAGAAACAAAGAUGUGGAGAUGAAUCUGCCCCCAAGGACUGCUCUGAAAAAUGAGGCCAAGCCCUGAUCCCCAAGAACCUCUGUAAUUGCACGAUAUUUAAAAAUAUUUUUUCAUUUUGACUUUUUUUCAGAGAAUAUCAGUAUCAUGUGUCUAACUACUGAUCGUAUGUAAUAAAGUUAUUAUUUUGCCAAAA